AUGCAGGUGGAGAUGCAGGAAAACAAAAAGAACAAGGAAAUAUUCGUUUACUCAAGGAGGCCGAACUUAAAGUAUAAGGGAAACCUCGCACCUGAGGCUCCAAAAGAGUUGGAGCCUGUGAUAGGACAUAAUGAAAUCCUAUUCGAUAAGUCUGGAUCUCCAAAAAAAAAUGAAACUUGGAAUAUGGUGAAGUUACCAAAGGACAAGAAACCUGUUGGUUGUAAAUGGGUCUUUAAUAUGAAGUAUAAAGCUGAUGGGUCGAUAAAACGUUAUAAAUCUCAGUUGGUAGCUAAAGGAUACACACAGACAUGUGGUAUUGACUACUUGGAGACAUUUGCAUGGCAAAACUAA